UCCUUUGUGCCACGAGUGUCCAUCCAAAAAGCUAUCCGACCACCACUCCAAAAGGGGCUCCUGAUCGAUCGACACAUAUACUAAGGACACCACUUCCGGAAAAUCCAUCAACGUAACCUUUCUCCUUUUCGACGAGAAAAAAAAGCCCAAUUUGUCAUCAAUUUACAUAUAAGCCCGUCGAGUGGAAGCCGAGAAAUGAGACCCUCAUCAGAAAUUCAUGCCGACGGAAGUGUGUGCAGCGAGAGCAGUUUGAAGCGUGAUCGGUACUUUUCGUACGGCCUCCGAAGAGAUGGCGCUAACAGCGUGGCCUCCGGCCUUCCGCUACUGGCCGCUCAUCCACCGCGUCCUGGGCGUGGUAGUGACGUUGGUUGUGGUCUGCUUGCUUCUCUUCCAAGUGAGCUUCAACGUCAGUCUUUUCGCGGCUCAGCCUACCAUUUUCGCGGUGACGAUGGAGCCCAACCCUCAGCUGCGCCUUCCCCCUCUCACCGUGUGCCCCAAAGUUGCCUUCGAACCCACGCGUGUCAAGGACUUGGGUCUUGACAUCCCCGACGAUUAUAUCAACUUGCAGGAGAACCUCUACACUCUCCAAGGGAUCUCUGGAAAUAUGUCGGUUAAACGGCUGUGGAGUGAAGCCUCUUGGUAUAUCGGUCAGCUGAUCCGGUACGUUAAAUUUAAUAAUAAUAAUAUCAUAAUUUACAGCGAUUUGGACACAAGAUCUUCGUUAUGGAGAUAUUCUCUCUCUCCCUUCGGCCGUUGCCUCACGCUUCUCCCACCUAUAGGUGAAACGUACAUUGAAGUUGUCGCAAACAUAAUACCGUAUUCAAAACCAUGUCAGUGGGUCGAUGAGAACGGCGUAAAGUAUCACUAUUUCCCAUAUCAAUCGUCUUGUGACUUAGUUGUCGAGAAAUGCAACUCGUCCUGCAGUUUAGAAGACUACAUUUAUUACUCCGCUGGUACUCUUGACUACGCGUACAUAUAUUUUCAUGGAACUUCGGUUAUUCCCAUUCAAGAUGACCCAGACGAAGAUAUGAAACUAUCGUCACAGUUGUUUGAUGGACAUUAUGUUUUGAAGAAGCUCUUCAGAUCACCAACACUUAACUCUAUAGCAUUGCUGAUAGACUCAUCGCUUGUUAAAGGUCCUUGCAUUUCGGACAAGACAUAUAGCUAUGGAAACUGCUAUCGCCAGUUUUUAACGAAAAAGAUGCUAGAAAAGCAUUCUUGUCGUCCAGUCAUGUUCCCACUUAUCAGCGAUGUUGUACAAGAUUACUGUUACUCGCCAGAGCUGAUGACUAAGUUGUUUAUAGUAGAGUCAGAGCUCAUCACAACUUGCAAACGGAAAUGCAAGGAAACAAAAUGGCGUCACGUUUUUAGCGAAUCUUACGACGGAGAUUACACCAUCACAUUACAAGCAGCUUCAACAGAAAUACGUCGGGAACUUGAAAUUAACACCUACCCUGUCUCACAGCUCGCUUCAGACACAGGGGGCAGUUUGGGGCUGUUCCUCGGGGUCUCUCUGCUUCACUUCUGGGACGGGGUGGUCUACCUCCUGCGUGCUGGAAACACCCGCUAUUCCAUAAUCGCCGAACACACGCUGCAGCAUGCAUGUCAUCUCCUUCUAUACAGCGGAAUAACAAUAAUGUCCAUGGCAACAGUUGUCCACAGCAUGGUAGUAAUGAAUACAUUUAUCUCUCAAAGUCAAAUAACAUCAGUCAGUUUGCGUAUGGGAUACAAUAAAAGCGAUCAUAUAGAUGCAUACAUAGCACGUCGUCUAUCAAGUCGUGUUUUUGACUGUCGUCCUUAUGAAUCAGAUGUGUUAUCUUGCCAAGUCAAUUGUAUGCUGGAAGAUGCAGUUAACGACUUAUCGAGCUUGGCUCUCUUCAUUAACGUCGACGAACUCCCACCGUGUGAAGGGAAGACGUUCUCUGUGCCGGCCUAUGAUCAUAUUGUAUCCCCGGCAAUGCUCACAGUUGCAACACAUGCCACCAGGAAAAAGACGUGCCAAGAGAAGUGUCACAUAGAUCAAGAAACAGAGAACGCAACUAUAUCGUAUUCGAGGCACAUGGAGGUUAACACAAACUACUACACAUUUGAUAUUUUGAGUUUAUUGUGCUCCCUUGGAGGCAUUGUCGGCCUCUACCUGGGAUACUCAGUCGCAGAUGCUGCAGAUGUCUGUAAGCAUAUGUUAUCUAGCAGGUUUGUCCAGGCACUGAAAGGUUGCAUUUUCAUGUUUGGUCUGACACUCGGUCUGUGGCAGGCCUACAAUUUCCUCUUGCACCACCAGAUGACCACCUCAUUCUCAAAGGCUCAGCAGACCACCGAUCGCAGCGCCUUUGUUUUGACCGUCUGCCGCUGGCCACCCUAUGACUUCACCCGCAUUGUCGACCUUCUUGGCUACGAUAUGACUAAGUCGCAGAUCCUCAGGCUGCCUAGUGAAGAGAGGUUGCCUGAAGUUAUGAAGAUCAUUAAUUUGUCGGUGGGAAAUUUAUCAAUACCAUUAGAUGAACUUUGGGAAAAAUCUGCAUGGAGCAUUGCUGAUACUAUCAGUGUGUUUAUGAACAAAAUUGAAAAUGGAAGCCAGUUUGGACAUUUCUGUGAUUGGGGUUCAGGUUGCGCAGAAGUCUGGAAACCUGUCGUUACUCUAAUGAAUCGAUGCUACUCGAUGAAUUUAUCCCAUGAAGAUUCUGCUCUACAAGAAGUCAUCCUCCUGUUUCCGUCAGCUCAAGAAAACGGGCGCAUAUUUGGGUUCAAGCCGCAGUUUUAUUUCUCGGUACAUAGCUAUGAUGAACAUCCCUUACUGUCUAAUAUGAUCUUUAGGCGGCCGGCCCAGAGAGCAACGUCCGACCUGCACUCCGUUCGGUAUCAGAGCCUAAGUGAGGCGGAAACGGCCUCGCAAGACGGAGCUGCUAGUUACGGCACUUGCGUCCACGAGUGCAUCGGCCACAGCACUGUAGAAGCUUUCGGAUGCCGCUUGCCCUUCGUCCCAGAGCGAGAGGACGCGGACCUUUGCAAUCAGAGCCAAUAUGCGGGCAUCCCGGCUUACUUUAAAGGCCUCGACGGCAUCGGCGCACAGCUGGCCGAUCUCGAGUCCAGUGAAAACACCCCGGAAGUUGUCACUCGCAUCACCAAAAGUUGCUAUGCCAAAUGCCGCCAUUUCCGUAAGACGUUCAGCACCGUGUCCAUGUUCCGGGAGACCGAUUUCUAUCCGACCAUAACUCUGCGAAUACGAAGUGAGAACCAGGUCACCGUCACCGAAGAGGACAGCCACAGUUUGGCGCGCCUGCUCAGUGACCUCGGGGGCGUGGCGAGCUCAACCGUUGGCUUCUCUCUCCUUUACUUAGUGAAAAAUCUCCUAGAUAGGAUUAUUGGUACUGCAUAG